AUGGAACUCAAGGCGUUUCAGCAAGUUCCCAGUCGCGUGCAAAAAGUGGUGUUGCUCAAAUUUCUAAGAGCCCGUCAGUUCAACGUCCUGGCGGCCCUCACCAUGCUGGUCAACUGCCUCAAGUGGCGCCGUGACUUCGACGUGGCGGGUUUGGCGCUGGAGACCUUCCCCCCCCAGCUGGGGGCCGCGGGCCAGCUGUCGGGUCGGGACAGGGCUGGAAACCCAGGCACGUUGACGUACAACUACUACGGCAGCGAUCUGGAUUUGCAAUCCGUGUUCGGCAGCCCUGGCGGUGUGGCCACGUUUGUGAGAUGGCGGGUGAAGCUCAUGGAGCAAGCAGUGGGGCUGCUGGAUUUUGAGGGCGGUGUUGAACACGUGACACAGGUUCACGACUACUCGGGCGCCUCCAUGUUCCGGAUGGACUCGCACACCAAGGCGGCCUCGCGGCAGAUCAUCAAACUGUUCCAGGACAACUACCCGGAGAUGCUCUCAGUGAAGCUCUUCCUCAACGUCCCCCGGCUCAUGGAGGUCCUCUUCGGGCUGUUCUCAGCACUCACAGACGCAGAAACGCGCGCAAAAUUCGUCAUGGCAUCCCCUGCACGCGCGCGAGCCGUACUGCUGCAGUACAUUGACCCCGUGCAAGUGCCGCAGAGGUGGGAUGGGUUGUUGGGGCCAUCUUGUUCUGGUGGUUGCGGUUCGUGUUUGUCCUUGUGUAUGUCUGUCAAGUGGGACUGA